AUGUCCGAAGAAGAAAUAGGAAAAAUUAAUCGAAAAUUACAAAAAAUGAUUGAUAAAUCAGAAGUUGACGAAACAAUUGCACGAGAUUUACUUAACCGUUUACAAGAAUCACGUAUUACACUGAGUAUACUUCAAAAAACUGGAAUUGGAAAAACUGUUAAUAAUUUACGACGAGUUAUUGCUAAUGAAGAUUUAUCAACAGUUGCUAAAAGCCUUUUAAAAAAUUGGAAAAAACUUGUACCCGAAUCAGGUACAUCGGUACCAGGAAAUAAAGAUGAUAAACAAGCAACAUCAAUAAAUAAUAAUAAUAACAAUAAUAAUAAUAAUAGUCAACAAUCUCAAGAAACUAAUAUUAAUACUGGAAAAACCCUUGAAUCAAGUAAAUCAAUUGAACGUCAACCUUCUCAACCAACAUCAAGUUUAUAUACACCAUCACAAACACAUGAUGAAAUUAGAUUAAAAUCACGAGAUCUUAUGGCAAGUGCUUUUUCAGUUUCUGAACUUCCAGAAGGAUCAGCCGAUCCAGUAGAAUUAGCUGCCCGUGUUGAAGAUGUUAUUUUUAAAGAAUUAAAAGACACAGGUGUUAAAUAUCGUAAUCGUAUUCGUAGUCGAAUAUCAAAUUUAAAAGAUUUAAAAAAUCCUAAUCUUCGUACAAAUGUUCUUCUUGGUUUUAUUACACCAGAACGAUUAGCCGUACUUACUGCUGAAGAAAUGGCAAGUGAUGCAUUAAAACAAGAACGUUCAAAAUUAAAUGAGAGUGCUAUUAAUGAACAUCAACUUGCUAUGGAUGAAGGCACUGGUACUGAUCUUAUUCAAUGUAAAAAAUGUAAACAAAAUAAUUGUGCCUAUACUGAAGCUCAAACACGUAGCGCUGAUGAACCGAUGACAUUAUUUGUCUUUUGUAAAAAUUGUGGUCAUCGAUGGAAGAUGUAA